AUGGACGCGUCGGAGAGCGCACAGGAGCUGCAGGUGCAGACGCAGGAGGUGACAAUGGAGGGGGAAACGCCGUCGCGGCAGGUUCGCGUGACGGUGGUUCAGGCGGCUACUGUGAUGUACAACACGCCUGCCACGCUGGACAAAGAAGCGGCACAGUUGGGAAGCCAGCUGGUCGUGUUCCCGGAAGCCUUUAUAGGCGGCUACCCCAGGGGGGCCAGCUUUGGAGUGCUGGUGGGGUCGCGCACGGACCGAGGGAGGGACGAGUUCAGGCGAUACCAUGCCUCUGCCAUUGAUGUGCCGGGCCCGGAGGUCUCUCGUCUCACAGCAGCAGCAGCCAAGUUCGGAGUAUUCGUAGUCAUGGGAGCCAUCGAGAGGGCGGGCGGCACGCUCUACUGUUCAGUACUGUUCAUCGACCCGCGCCUGGGGCUGGUCGGGCGCCACAGGAAGACAGUGCCGACGGCGUUGGAGCGAGUGAUAUGGGGGUGUGGCGACGGCAGCACGGCGGCAAUGGUGGUGGACGCGGGGGGAGUGGGCCGGGUGGGUGCUGCCGUGUGCUGGGAGAACCGCAUGCCCAUGGCUCGCAUGGCGCUGUAUGGGAAAGGGUGUGUGCUGCGGUGUGCUGGGAGAAUUGCAUGCCUAUGGUUCGCAUGGCAUUGUAUGGGAAAGGAGUGGAGCUCUACUGUGCGCCCACGGCAGACUCGAGGGACUCCUGGCAGGCCAGCACAUGCUUCGUCCUUCCCUUUCCAGCUCCCAUGCCUCCUCCCCUUUAAUCCUUCCCCAUGUUUCAUCCCUUCUCCUUGUCUCCCAUCCUCCCCAGGAGUGGAGCUCUACUGUGCGCCCACAGCAGACUCCAGGGACUCCUGGCAGGCCACGGUGCAGCACAUAGCACUCGAGGGCGGCUGCUUCAUCCUUCCCCAUAUGCUCCAUCUUAUCCCUGCAGGAGUGGAGCUCUACUGUGCGCCCACAGCAGACUCGCGAGAUUCCUGGCAGGCCACGGUGCAGCACAUAGCGCUCGAGGGCGGCUGCUUCGUGCUCUCUGCCAACCAGUUCUGCGUGCGCUCCGACUACCCGCCGCCCCCCGAUUUCGUCUUUUCCGCGACCGGCCGGCUGGAUGCAGACGAGCCGCCGCCAUCCGCCGUGGUGUGUCGAGGCGGCAGCGUGAUCGUGUCUCCACUGGGCAGGGUCCUGGCCGGCCCAAAUUAUGACGGACAGGCACUACUGACCGCUGAUCUGGACAUGGGUGACAUCGCACGGGCCAAGUUUGACUUUGAUGUCACGGGGCACUACGCUCGGCCGGAUAUAUUCUCCCUGCGUGUUAAAGAGGACAGAGGUUACCCUUAG